GUUAUGAUCGGCACCAUUGUGUUCUAAACGUUGUACUUGAGAGGGCAUCCUGGUCUCUUUCCUUACACCCUCGACGAUGGACGAGCUCAAUACAGCAUUUUCUGCAGAAGGAUCAACCGCGAGGCGACGAACUCACGCCCGAAAUCGCUCUUUUGUUUCCCAGAACUCUUCCCAAUCCGUCACACAACAUACUCGACCAAGGCUGAAGACACCUUCCCUCCGACAUCGCACUUCUACCCCAGAUAGCCUACGCAGCACUUUCUCCCAGUCGGACAUCAUAUCGCCGAUCCCGCGUCGACAUCACCACCUUCAAGCCCAUGAAAGCAGGCUUUGGCUCGAUACGCCACCUCUCUCACCCACUUCUACGCGUGCUGGUUCUCCGGGCUCCACACGAGGCGUUACGCCUCUUUCCCUAAGACCAAGGCAUACCCUGAGCUUUAGUUCGAUAGCCGAACACGACCCUUCUCGGUCACAUCAUGUUGCUCAUGAUAAGAAAUCCGAGGACAGUAUGGCGCGAAGAUGGGUGCGCUGGAUGCACAAACAUGGGAUUAAAAACUACGUUAUUCCAGCUGCGGUUCUGGGAGCCGCAUUAAUAAAAUGGUGCAUCGGUCUAGGAUCCUAUUCAGGACAGGGUACGCCUCCCAUGUAUGGCGAUUAUGAGGCACAACGACAUUGGAUGGAGUUGACCUUGCAUCUCCCUGUCAAGCAAUGGUAUUCCUACGAUCUGGAGUAUUGGGGAUUGGAUUACCCUCCGUUGACAGCAUAUGUAUCGUGGCUUUGCGGAGUCAUUGGAAAUUGGAUAAACCCUGCUUGGGUCGCGCUUGACAAAUCAAGGGGUAUCGAAAGUCCCGAGAGUAAGGCGUUUAUGCGCACAACCGUAUUGGCUUUCGAUACACUUGUGUAUAUACCUGCUAUCGUCCUGUUUACCCGCGUCUGGCAAGAAAGUCGCUCAACUCGGACUCAACAUGUAGCAUUAUUGACCUUGCUAUUUCAACCUGCUCUGCUCCUCAUUGAUUUCGGUCAUUUCCAAUAUAAUUCUGUUAUGCUCGGAUUUACUUUACUUGCACUCAACUUCUUCGCUUCUGGUCAAGACCUCCUAGGCGCAGUCUGUUUCUCGCUUGGUCUUGGAUUUAAACAAAUGGCUCUGUACUAUGCACCGGCUAUCGGUUCCUAUCUAGUCGCAAAAUGUAUCUAUCUCGGUCCUCAAAAAGGACGCUCACUAUUUAUUCGUCUCGCCCUAGUCACCAUACUCACGUUCCUUCUUCUCUUCCUCCCUUUCCUCCCACCUUUGGCUCCUCUAUCUGCAAUAUUGGAUCCUAUCGCCCGAAUUUUCCCAUUUGCACGUGGUCUUUUCGAGGACAAGGUGGCGAACUUUUGGUGUGCAUCCAACGUUGUCUUCAAGUGGAAAGUUUGGCUAUCUAGGCCUCAGCUCGUAAAGAUGAGCGCUAUUCUAACCGCAGUCGGAUUUUUUCCGGGUGUAGUGACGUUGUUGUAUGGCGGGUGGAAACACCGUAUGUUGUCUGAAGCCGACGAUAAGAGUCGAGCCAAAGAUUCGCCAAGUUCCUCAACACCAGAGCCUUUGCUUCCAUUAUUACCCUAUGCGUUGCUUAACUCGUCGAUGUCAUUCUUCCUGUUCUCAUUUCAAGUGCACGAGAAGACUAUCUUGGUUCCCCUGUUGCCUCUCACGUUCCUGCUUUCUGGAUCUUCAAGCGGCUCUGAGACGUUUGAACUUGGCGUAUUGGUUAACAAUGUCGCUGUCUUCAGUAUGUGGCCGCUCCUGAAACGCGAUGGACUCGCAAUACCAUAUAUCGCUACCCUCGUCCUGUGGAAUCGACUCGUUGGGUACAAUCCACUUCGUCUGAAUUCUCAAUCUUUCUUGCGGUAUCUCUCCCUAGCGAUUUAUACCGCAAUGGUUUCUUUGCAUAUCCUGGAACUUCUGAUAUCCCCACCUGCCCGUUUCCCCGACCUCUUCCCCGUCCUGAACGUCCUAAUUAGCACGCCCAUCUUUGCACUCACAUGGUUAUGGUCCAUCAAACGUGGUGUAGAGGUCAGCUGGGCUCUUGGCGGCCUUGGCCCUUCAUCAACGCCUGCUAAAUCAUCGCAGCCGGCUCUGUCCACUCUAAGACCUAUGUUAGCAGAAAGAAAGCCGACAUUAGACAGGUUAACCGUGAAUGGACUGGACGGUGUACCCGAAGAGAACUUCAAUUUGACACUGGAUAAGGACUUCAUUCCUAAUGCGAGACAAUUGAAGACGAGAAGUUUGGGUUUCGCAAGAGGUGCGAAGGUGUUGCAGAGGACGGCUAGUGCUGAGCUCCCGGGUUGAUAUCCUAUGAAGAUUGUGCCAUGUGGUGAAUGAGACGAGCAAAUAAGCGAAACGGUUAACCAGGUCAUCCGAAGGCACGCUGCAGAGAUUGAAAUGAAUGUCUCGCAUUUUACAGGCCAGAAUCUGAUCCUAUGAAUAUAUUGUUCAUACUCUACAGCUAUCAGAAUACAAAUGGCGCAGGUUAGUUUCCCGCCGACGAGUGGCUACUCGUCGAUCGGUACUUAUCCCGAGGACCACGAAAAGGUCGACGCCCAGCUGGAGAACACCAAUAAAGGUGCCCGACAUCAUCCAGCCUCCCUCGAGGUACAUUGCGUGACAGCCAACAUGAAGAAACAUCAACUCCUCCCACCGCACAUACCGCGGCUCCAAUCCCACAUAAACAUCCCCCUGCGCCACACAGACCGUGGCUCCAGACCAACAUAAACACCUCGCGCCGUACAAGACCACGGCGCAACGACAUCCAACAUCCCCUGCGCCGUACAUACCACGGCUCCAAUCCAACACGAGCCCUCCCCACCGCACAGACCGCGGCGGGCAGACAGAUGUGGCGCACAUCGCGCGUCGGACCAAUGCAUCAAGCCCAUGCCAUCUGCCCUGCCUGAGCAGCACAGAUCCCAGGUAGCCACCGCCGACCCCGAGGCAUCAUAGGCGAACUUAGGUCCUAGCAUCGACGACGCCCAACUGUCCGCCAUCAUGACCUCGGACGCCUUCAGACGACUCAUCCCACCUCGCCAGUCGACCAUAGCGAGGGAGGAUGAGCAAUCGAAUGUGGCGUAGGAGGCGAUGGGGGAGUAACGAGAACCUCCAACCCGAUCCCCAGCAGAUAUCCAACAGCAACACUGGGAAGAGGUCUGGAGGGCCACCAGUGGCCCUCCCUCUCUCGACGACGCAGUGGCCACUAGAUAUUUCUGGCUCUGUAGAAGGAUUGUGGAGACGAUGAGGGGGAAAGAGGAAGGCUCACCAGGAUGAGAGGAUCUCGCCCCCCACCGGUGAAGAUGGGGGUUAAAGAGAAAGGAGGGUGUGGCGUAACGCGACUCUCUUAUGCCUUUCGGAAGGGUGGCUGACUUGAACUUACAACUCCGUGAUCGAUCGAAUAGCCGAAGAGACUUCGGAUCGAAUUCCGGAGUCAUUCAAAGUAAACCUUCCAGGUUUGUUACUCGUAAGUGGUCACGAAGCACGCGUAUUCUCGCGUAUUCCGAUAGUUAGUAUAUGCGAACACAUAAUUCAGGAUCAAUUAUGUUAC